AUGAGCGUACGACUGGGCGUAGCCUCGGACGCUGUGGCCGAAGGGAAGAAGAGGCUUGUUCGAACGGCCACGUUUGCGAUGAGCUACGCUGGAAACAGCACAUCGGCCCUUGGCCGAGGAUCACACCCACCGUCAUCUACCGAUUCCGGUAAUUAUAAAGUCGUUCUUCCUCGUCUACCGACUGGCAACACCGUUCUUAAUUCAGUUUUCCUGCAUGCUGACCUGGCAGGGCGGCCGUAUCGAGCCUCGGACUUUCGCGAUGCUCUCCUUUCAGUGCUAAAUGCAACUGACAUACUCGGCGCUGGACAAUACCAGAUGAGCCAUUUGUGGUUGGCGACAUGUGUUAAUAGCAUCGCGAAACAGAAACUUGUCGACAAAGGCGAGUUGUUGGUGAAGGGCCUCAAAUGCCUUGUCAUUGACCCGGAAUGCAACAAUAUCAAGAUGAAGCUUCUUUGGCUUCCCUCACACCUCGAACAGAGACGGAUUGUUGAAGCGCUAGAGCCAUAUGGCACAGUGCAGUCCAUCACGAGAGAAAUGUGGCGGUGUGACGGCAUGGAGGGCUGGCAAACGACUAAUCGAGACGUAGCGUUCACAUUGAAAGAUGGCGUUUCUGCCAGUAAUCUGCCACAUCUGUUGAGCAUAUACGGCCACCAGUGCCUUAUCUUGGUACCUGGCCGACCACCACUUUGCCUCCGGUGCAACAGAGUUGGGCAUAUCCGGCGACAAUGUCGAACACCACGCUGCAGUAACUGUCACCGCUACGGUCACCCUGCAGAUGCAUGCGUCGGAACCUACGCUGACAAGCUUCGUGGAAACAGACCAGCUGAGGAUGAUACCAUCACCGAUCAUCUCAUGGACGUGAGCGAAGUUGUGGAUGCAACUGGAGAAACACUCCUUGAGACUCAUCGACAAGAACACAUUAAGCCGUCAUCGGCUGACAUUAGCCUCAGCCAGAAGCCUGCGAGCGAGGAUGAGACUAAAAGGCGCCUCACGACGAACCAACUGUGUCAUGGGCAGAAUCGCCACCAGUUCAGCAUCGCCCACCAUAGAGUUUCCCACUAUAACACCUAG